AUGGAAUCUGAGCUUGCCUCAGACGAAGUGUUUACUCCCGAAGUGGUUGAGUCGGAUGAAGCAAUAGUACUCGUAGCCGCCAGGCCCGUCGUGGAAAUGGAUUCAAUUGAACUGCUUGAUUGUAUUGUUGCAGUAGUUUCGGGAGUAGUGGUAGAAGCUGAGGUGCUGAGCUCUGACGAGGGUACGGAGGUGGUAUCGGGCGAACUGACACUUGAUGAAAGACUGAGAGAGGUUGAAGAGUCAGCUUCCGAUGAAGUGCUACUAUUCUCCGUCGAGCUAGAAGAAUCUGUGAAUGUUGACAAACUACUGGGGUUUGUUGAAGAGCUGAAAUCAGAGGUUGUGCUGAGGGAAGACGAGAUACCGGACUCGGUGAAAGUGAUUGAGGCAGUCGAGAAGCUAGUUUCGCUCAAACUGCUAAGAUCGGUGGAGCUAGAAGUAUACAGGGAUGUCGUGCUAGGAUCCAAAGAGAAGCUUGACUCGGAUGUAGACGUAUCAGUGGAGGCCAAGAUUUGA